GGAGGCGCGUGGCCAUCUCCACCUCCUGACAGGUUCAAAACUAGCGCAUUUGACCUUGGCUAACAUGGCUGAAAAAUAUGGACCAAUCUUUACUAUCAAGUUGGGCAUGCAAGAAGCUGUGGUAGUGAGUAACUGGGAGGUAGCUGAAGAGUGCCUCACUACCAAAGAUAAGGCCUUCGCUAAUCGUCCAAAACUUGUUGCAGCGGGGGCCCUGGGCUCUAAUAACUCCCUCUUUGGCAUGGCUUCUUAUGGACCCUACCGGCGCCAUGUACGCAAGAUUGUCAUUCGUGAUCUCCUCUCAUUCCGCCAGCUUGAGAUGCUCAAACAUGUGCAAGAAGCUGUUGUAAAGGAAUUUUUACAGGAGUCGCAUCAGUUAUGGAGCAAGAAGAAAGACAACUCCAAGAGUGGGAGAUGGAAAAAAGCGUUGAGGGAUUUCUUUGAAUUAAACGGGAAGUUCAUUAUAGCAGAUGCCUUCCCAUUUUUGAGAUGGUUGGACAUUAGUGGAGAGGAAAAGCUUAUGAAGAAGGCAGCAAAAGAAUUGGAAAAAAAUUUUAAAGAAUGCUUACAAGAGCACAAGCGCAGAAGAGCCUCUGGUGAGGUUGAAAGCGACCAAGAUUUUAUGGACGUGCUGCUAUCAACUCUUAGUGACACAGAAUGGUGUGAUGCUGAAAGCAUAAACAAAGCCAUAUCCCUGAUUCAACGUGAUUCACGAGUGUGGUCAGCUCCUGAUGAUUUUCGGCCAGAAAGAUUUCUAACCAGCCAUAAAGAGGUUAAUGUCAAGGGCCAGCAUUUCCCAUUGAUCCCGUUUAGUAGUGGAAGAAGAAUGUGUCCAGCUGCUUCAUUUGCACUUGCGUCAUUUGCACUUCAAGUCCUGCAACUUACGCUCAUUGGGCUGACUAAUCUAAAAGCUACUCCGCUUGAAGUCCUUAUAUCUCUUCGUCUUCCUGCUUCUUCCUGCGGUCUUAUUUGAGUUGAUUAAUAUAAACCGGUUUGGCAGUGCCUCACAUGAGAACGUUACGAUUUUAUAAUGAAGCUACACAAUACCCAUGCGGCCGUGUAUUGCAUGAGAAUGUUAUAAUGUUAAUGUCAUUGUGAGUUGAAUCAAGAUGCACAGCAGAA